GGUCACAGGCAGCGGCUGCAGGUAUGGCGACCAAAGUGGACAUCAGGCUGAACGGGCACCAGGUGGACGCCGCGCCCUACAAGGAGCACAUGCUGGCCGUCACCCGAAACUACAUCUCCAACCCCAGGCUGUGUUACCGAACAGUGUGCGGGGUCAACGGGCCGCUGGUCGUGUUGGACAAUGUCAAGUUUGCGCAGUACGCCGAAAUCGUCAACUUCACCCUGCCAGAUGGCACCACCCGAAGCGGCCAAGUCCUGGAGGUUGUGGGAGCCAAAGCCAUUGUCCAGGUGUUUGAAGGCACAUCUGGAAUCGAUGCCAGGAAAACCACAUGCGAGUUCACGGGAGACAUCCUCAGGACACCUGUUUCAGAAGACAUGCUGGGUCGCGUCUUUAAUGGUUCCGGGAAGCCUAUUGACAGGGGACCCCCCGUGAUGGCUGAAGACUUCCUCGAUAUCAACGGUCAGCCCAUUAACCCUUUUGGCCGAACCUAUCCAGAAGAAAUGAUUCAGACUGGGAUUUCUCCUAUCGAUGUUAUGAACAGCAUUGCCAGAGGACAGAAGAUCCCCAUCUUUUCAGCUGCUGGGCUCCCCCAUAAUGAGAUUGCGGCCCAGAUCUGCCGACAGGCUGGGCUGGUAAAGAAGUCUAAAGAUGUUAUGGAUUAUCAUGAUGACAACUUUGCCAUUGUUUUUGCUGCUAUGGGGGUGAACAUGGAGACAGCCAGAUUCUUCAAGUCCGACUUUGAGGAGAAUGGCUCCAUGGACAACGUGUGCCUCUUCCUGAAUCUCGCGAACGACCCAACGAUUGAGAGAAUCAUCACCCCCCGUCUAGCUCUGACGGAAGCCGAAUACCUGGCGUAUCAGUGUGAGAAACACGUCUUGGUCAUCCUAACUGACAUGAGCUCUUACGCCGAAGCCCUGCGCGAGGUCUCGGCGGCUCGAGAGGAAGUCCCUGGUAGACGUGGGUUCCCCGGCUACAUGUACACCGACUUGGCUACGAUCUACGAGCGUGCUGGUCGGGUGGAGGGCCGGUCGGGUUCCAUCACACAGAUACCCAUCCUUACCAUGCCCAACGAUGACAUCACUCAUCCUAUUCCUGACUUGACCGGGUUCAUCACAGAAGGACAGAUAUACGUGGACCGGCAGCUCCAUAACAGACAGAUCUACCCCCCGAUCAACGUGCUCCCUUCUCUGUCUCGUCUCAUGAAGUCUGCUAUCGGCGAGGGCAUGACCAGAAAAGACCACGGAGAUGUGUCCAACCAGCUGUAUGCAUGUUACGCCAUUGGGAAGGACGUCCAAGCGAUGAAGGCCGUGGUUGGCGAAGAAGCUCUGUCCUCCGACGACCUUCUGUACCUGGAGUUUCUGCAGAAGUUUGAGAAGCAGUUUAUCGCACAAGGGGCUUACGAGAACCGGACGAUCUUUGAGUCGUUGGACAUCGGCUGGCAGCUGCUGCGCAUCUUCCCCAAGGAGCUGCUAAAACGUAUCCCAGAAAGCAUUCUGUCCGAAUAUUACCCCCGAGAGUCCCGGCCACAGUAGAUGUCUACCAAAUCCCCCCCCCCGGCCCGCUUCACGAGACACCGCCGGAGCGCGCCUGCAAUAUCCAAAUAUAUAUUUAUUAUAAAACCUUGUAACGUUUACUUGUCUGAUUAUUAAAUGUUUGUGGGAAUUC